CUGAAUAUCUCCCGACGAUGUUUCUCCUUGGAUUCUUGUCUCUCCUUGUUUUGCAAACCAAAGCUUUCAGCACCAGCUUUCCCGAUGAAACCAUUGCAGAGUUUUCCGUGAAUGUUUAUAAUCAGCUGAGAGCUACAGGGGAAGAUGAAAACAUUAUCUUCUCCCCACUGGGAAUAGCGAUCGCCAUGGGGAUGGUGGAACUCGGAGCCCAUGGUUCCACUCUCAAGGAAAUAAGACACGCCAUGGGAUAUGAAGCUUUGAAAAACGGUGCAGAAUUUGCUUUCUUGAAGGACCUUUCUGACAUGACAACCACCGAGGACAGCCAGUAUGUGAUGAAGCUGGCCAAUUCUCUCUAUGUACAGAAUGGAUAUCAUGUUAGUGACAAAUUUUUGCAGCUGAUGAAAAAAUACUUUAACGCUGAAGUUGAAGAUGUAGAUUUCAGUCAAAGCGUCGCUGUUGCUAGCCACAUCAAUGGAUGGGUGGAGAACCAUACAAACAACAUGAUCAAAGAUUUUGUGUCAGCCAGGGAUUUCGGCUCUCUUACUCACUUGGCCCUCAUCAAUGCAAUCUACUUUAAGGGAAACUGGAAAUCUCAAUUCAGGCCAGAAAACACAAGAACGUUCUCCUUCACUAAGGAUGAUGAAAGUGAAGUGCAAAUUCCAAUGAUGUAUCAGCAGGGAGAAUUUUAUUACGGGGAAUUCAGUGAUGGCUCCAAUGAAGCUGGUGGCAUCUAUCAAGUUCUGGAAAUACCCUACGAAGGUGAUGAGAUCAGUAUGAUGAUCGUUCUUUCCAGGCAGGAAGUUCCUCUAGCCACACUGGAGCCAUUGGUCAAAGCUCAGUUGAUUGAGGAAUGGGCCAGCUCUGUGAAGAAGCAGAAGGUGGAGGUGUAUCUACCAAGGUUCACAAUAGAACAGGAAAUUGAUCUGAAGGAUGUUUUGAAAGGCCUUGGAAUUUCUGAAGUAUUCAGCCACAAUGCUGAUCUCACUGCAAUGUCUGACAACAAAGAUCUUUAUCUUUCAAAAGCAAUUCACAAGUCUAUCUUUGAAGUUAAUGAAGAAGGCUCUGAAGCUGCUGCUGCCUCAGGAAUGAUUGCCAUUAGUAGGAUGGCAGUGCUGUAUCCCCAGGUGAUAGUGGACCACCCCUUUUUCUUUGUGGUGAGGAACAGAAGAACAGGUACCAUCAUUUUCAUGGGGAGAGUUAUGCACCCAGAAGCAAUGAAUACAAGUGCCCAUGAUUUUGAAGAACUUUAAUAUCCCCACAGGCUCACAGUGUACGUAAACACACACACACACACACAUACACACACACAGAAAAUAAGCACACUGAUUUGCAAUUGAUGUAUUUAAGGUUUGCCGUGUGGUUUUCUUUCUCUUUUUGCAAUGUUACCUUUGAAACACUGUUGAAAAAGGAAAAAAAAAAGCAAACAACUUCAAGCUAGAAAAUGCAGACCACAGUUGUGGAAGAAAAGCUUUCAGUAUUAAAGUAAAUGUCGUCGUCCUUGUGUUGAUUUGUUGUGGUGGUCCUUUAAAAUAAAGACCAUAUCCGUGUCGGUG